AUGAGAGGAAAGGGUAAUUCGGGCGGCCGGGGUAACUCCAGGGGCAGAGGAUCCCAUCAGGCAGGCAGACGAUUCCAAAGUCAGCCAGCUGCAUACCCAAACUUUGCAGCGGCUAAUCAUAUGAUGCAACCUCCUUUCGCAAAGACACAAGCUUUACAACCACCAACUAGAUAUAAAAACUCACCUGUACAGAUGAGACAAGACACACCGGCUGGGUUAGUGCCGCCGUUUAGACUAUCACCGAGAAUUGCGCCAAGGAGACCGCCGGCCGGAUUCCCCAAACAUUCCACAGUACCUAUUCAUCCUAUGUACAAAUCAGAUGUCAUGAUGCAAAUGUCAGGGUCGUUAACACAUCAUGUAACUUUCCCAAAAGCAAUGCCCUUUGGAGGAAAUAUGCAAACAAAGGGAAGGAACAUGAAAAUGACAACUUAUGACCACACGGUACCGAAGGAACACACAAACAUGCAAAACUUUCAUGAACUUAUGAAGAGAGGGAUGGUACCACAAAUGAUGAUGGGUCAAUUCAUGCCAAUGUUCCAAAUGGGAGGUCUGCCAGGGGCACAGGAUACAACCUCGGGAGCGCCUCGUAGACCAGGUUCCGCUAACAUGUCCAAAACAUGGAAACGUAGUAUGUCACCGAAUCAACGUCGUGCAAUGAAAAGUGACAAUGCCGAAGAAACACAAAUGCCGAAACCAGAGAAACUAGAUACGCUGGUCGAUGCUAACAAGGUACAUGCCAAGGUUGAGGUCAUGGUACAAAAACUGGAACGUAUACAGGAUGCUAUGAACAGGAUUAAAAUUGCGAUACCCAGUAUAUUCAGGGUGAGAAACAACUUCAAACUGCGGCCUGAAGAGGAACGUAUGAUCGCCUCGGUGGAAGAGGUAUUUCGAUACAUCUUAAUUGUACACCUAGCGACUGCACAUCAGCUGUGUCCCCCUUUUGACUUUCAAAAAAACACAGAAAAUGUCGUAAAAGGAAAGGAACCGCUGCUAAAGUAUGUAGGCGGAAAGACUAAUAUGGCCGUUUUAGAUGUAAUGGAGCUGCAAAAUGUAAUCAACAACCAACCGCUAUAUUAUAACGCGGAAUGGUUCACUGUUACGUGGGAUGACAACCCGGAUUCGGGUACAUUUGCUGAAUCCAAUAAUAACAGGACAUAUUACGUAAGGGCGUUCGACAAAAAUACUUCUACAACUGACGGGAACAGAUACGCAGUGUUCCUCAGGUCAAUCAGCGUUCAUAUGUUCGAAGAGCAUAUGGACACGGUCAAACUGCUCUGUAACAUGGGAACGGCGUCAAAAGAGGGGAUACUGCGUGUUAUGGGAUACUAUGCGCUGUGUUGUGAGGACGAUCCGUUCAUCACAUUAGCAACAUCUAUAUUGCCUGCAAUGGACAUCGAUAUACAAAUUCAGUUCUACCGUCAAAUAGCACAACUCCUUGAUACGUCGAAGUACACUGUUGGAGGUGCAUAUAUGGAAAGAUAUUUCGAACGUGUACUUCCCAUGUGUCUCGCCGUUCCUGACGCUGCCGCCUGGGCGCCGAUAAUCACUAUGCUGAUGAAAUCGCUAGAUUCCCUCAGACUGGGUGUGAAAAAUUCCAACACCGCAGUAACACUACUGAGGACUUUGAAAAGUUGGUGCAAGGUAUUCGUUAAAUGCGAGGAAACAUGCAUUGAAGUGUUCAAUAAGUGCAUACAGCUAGUGCUACACGCCGGAGAUGACUCGAGGAUUGUAGUCAGGGGCGCGGCUACCGAUCUUGCAGUGCAGAUAUGGCUAAAUUCAAAUGGAAGGGAGGCUGUACUAAAAAGGAUAGGGUAUGAGACUAUUAGGGCGCUAGGAUGCAUAUCUGGUGUACAGGCGAUCAAGUUCAACAUAUGGUCGGACUUGCUGUCACCAGAAACAACGGAACCAGAACCUAGUGCGACAAAUACGCCGCAACUUGAACGUAUAUUGUCCAGGGUAGGACAAGACGAUGCACUGGUCCAAGCUUUGCAACACGAAGAGGCAGAUUUUAUCUCCUCUAUGUUGACGGCUGAACCUCAGAUAGUCGGCCAUCUCAUGAACUGGUAUCUUUUGAGAUAUUGCAAAAUCACUAAAACGGUUCUAGCGUUGGAAAAAAUCGCAACGGUCAUAAGGUUUGCCCUAGUUGGUUACCCCAAAAUGGCUAAAGAUGCGCCACCACAUACGAGCAAUAAUUUAGGUACAUUCUGCUGCUGGAUGCUUAAUAUAGCCACCAGCUGUAGCGUAGGUAGUGGGUGCCUAGAGCUUGCGAAUGUCAAAAUGGCACUGUUCGUGGACUGGCUAUUCUUCAACUACCAGUAUAACGCAAGGAUCAUCAGGCUGUGCCUGGGUCCAUCAGCAACGGCUCAAUACGAUUAUAUAUUGCAAAAUAUGCAACAAUGUCGUAGACUAUUUGUAAAGGAGCUAGCAAAAUGCGUAUACACUUUGCGACGACAGGAUAUGGAGGAUGAUAGUAAACACGUUAGCAAAAUCAAUGUGUUAUUAGGGACGAGUGCUGUGCUCAAUUUCGCAUAUAAUAAUGCAGUAGACACAUAUAGAAGGCUGUUGGACUACCUGCUUAACGCGAUAUUGCAUUACCAUUCCGAAGUUGGAGUUAUCGCCGUGGAUGUCAUGUCAGCGAUUUUUGUGGUUUCAGUACUGGAAAUGACAAGGAUGCAGUACACGUUACUAACAUUUCAACGGACUCUUAAGAAUACCAUGUUGGGGAGGAUGUGCUCUGUACUGGAUUUUACUCUGGAGAAUACGGCAGUGUAUAUAGCCCAUGUAGAUGACGUGGAAGAAAGGCAUGUCCUGCAACCAUCGACAGCACUAGAGCCACUACAGGAAAAGUAUACCAUGGUAGUAGCAAUUGUAGAAAAACGGAGGAAUGUAUGUUCCGACGAAAGCCUUAAGACCUUAUUGAUACAAUGCUAUGGUAUGAUCCUGGAAUAUUUUAUUAACCUGGACUGUCUAAAUGCAUUGUAUCAUGGAAACCAUCUCACUGUUGAUACUCUGCGUGCGAAUCAUGAAGUUGAGCUUCUAGAGCUCAUGCAAUGCCCAAGUCUAUAUACAAAUGUUACAAUAAUCAAUACAGAUGGGAACAUGGGAGAUUUGAGCCAAUCCAAUGAGGCAAUUGGCCAUGUUGGUGAUGCAAGCGAAACUGUGAGUGAAAUCAGUGAUAUGGUACACAGUGACUCACUUAGCGAUAUCAGCAGUGAAGACGAGGCCCGUGAAGAAAGCGCUGGUGAUGUGUCCCCAAAAACAGAUGCGGAAGUAGUUGAAGUUGAAGAAGAGCAAGGCGUCGUAGAAACACAUGACACCACUGAUAUUUCUGAAACAGAUGCUGUGACGGACCAAGAUGACAGGCCGAAUAUACCAAAUGAUACACUAAGGCAACUAGUUCAGGAUUUCGUGCACGGAUCGAUGGAUAAUCCAGCAAUGAAUUAUGCAGAUGAUCCUUUAUACAAGUAUAUGAAAGAGAGCAUUGAAGCAGAAGGUCCACCAGAUUAUAAACUCGUUGUGGACCUUAAUGGAGAUUCAUUUGCGGCACUGAAAUUUGAAAAUCCCAAUUUUGUACUGGAGUCCAGUUCCUCUCCAUAUAGAGUCGCUAAUGUGAUUAAUAUAAUCGUGUCAUAUCUACACGAAACCGCGUUGCAGUUCCUUCAGGACGAUGCCACUGGAGGGACAAGCGUCGAUAGCAUCCUCUUCAAGGAAUGGGUAGUGCACAUAUUCAACGUAUUUGUGCGAUUAUUCGUUUCCCUAUACCUGGUGGGUAAUGUGGCCAUUGUGUGGGAACUCAUGUAUUACGUCGCAGCUGUGCCAAACGUCACACGGCAAAGUACCGAAUCCAGCGAAGCAGAAGGUACCGAUAUUAACACGGAAGCUAUCGAAAACAGUGAUGUAACAGGACCUCUACGCAAAAAGGUCCUUAUAGCAACGACACUGUUGAGUAACACUAUCGAUGCGGUAACGCACAUACGACCAGUUAACCAAGAUGCAGUGAUACAAAGGACCUUGGCACAUGUACUGAAACGAGCCAUAGGGCGAACAGGCACGACAAUGGGUGUGAUUGUAGAUCAACUCACACCCAUACGAGUUACACUAGAUGCCAUAUUCAAAAGUGAUCUUGACCGUCUCGGGAAGCUGCCGUCGAUUGUGGGCGUCAUGGUGAAACUCACACCUGUAACAGCUAUCAACGAACUCGUAUCGCUAGACACGGAAACACAAUUUAACGUGUUCAAGGAACACUGGCUCAAGCAACGGGAAAGUUAUACCUACGUAAGAUCUUUGUUAUCCGGAGGUGGAGAUGACCCCUUGCGGAUACGGCAGCACUUUAUCCUUUGGCAGAUGAUAUGUCGUAUGUACGAACUAGCAUUCGGGACGCAUAAAAUGCGACAUGCUUUGAAGCAGAAGCGAAAUUUUCUUAAAAUGAUAUCAAGACAGGCCGCACCAACGAAUAUAGCACGAUUACCAUACGUAACAGAAGGUGACAUAUGCAACUCUCCAACGGACAAAAAAGGUGUGAUAUGCUUUCUAGGAGCGUCAUAUAGCAAGAGAUCAAACUUUAUGACGUUCCAGAAGGGUUAUACAUUUACCAAUGACUUGUUCAGCAACGAACAUAUGAAAACAAUAUCAAGUGCCAUAAUGGAAGUUUUCAAGACUGGAGAAAUACCUAUCAUGCAAAUUGCGCUCUUCUCGGCAUUCCCAAUACUAGUUCACUCGGUUCCCACCCAAAGUGUGGUCAGCGAUAUCGCAAAAAGCGCUGCUAUCGUAUCGCCAAAGAACCGAGAUGUAUACAGCCUACCAAUGCAGUUCAUUUGGGAAAUGCUCAUAGCAGUACUGGCACACUGGCUGGUGCGGUACCCGCAGUUGUUCGCGCCGUUCGAAAAUGACCUAGAUCAUCUACACGAGGCGCUGGAUCAGCUGGCAGUAAAAUAUGCCGCCGGGCGAGUUAUGCAAUUCGCGUUCAACGGUACAGCAGUCAAGAUUAGACUGGAACAACUGUUCUUCCUUAAAAUGUCCGUUUGA